AUGUCUGUAACUGUAACUUUACCAGAGGAGAAUAACAAUGAAGAAGAAUAUGACCAACAUUGCCUGCUUUUUCCUACUUAUGCUACCAAGCAUGGUCUCGAUGAAUCAGACAAUCCUGACAUAACCGACAAUUGGAAUAUCCGUGUUCGAGGAUGGGCAUACUCGGCACCAAAAACAAGUAGAACCC